AUGUGCACCUUCUGUUACACCCCCUACAUCGGGUGCCCCAAAGGACGACGGCACUACUACCUCCAAUGGUUAAAAUGCAAGACAGCCAUCAAGAACGGCCACAGUUACUGUCCCAUCGGCGAAUCCACGGAGGUUAGAGAACUCCAGAAACUUUCUGGGAAUGUUCUGGCUUGCCCGUUCCAUACCCAUAUCGCCAUACAACAAAUUGAGUUCGAGUUCCGCCAACGAGACGAAGUCCCAAGCCCGAUAGACUUAUCCGAGCCUUCUUCUCCCACAACGUCCAACACAACUUAUGUGGCUUCUGACGAUGAAUCCGAGAUUGAGUUCAACCAAGCAGGUCAGAAGUCCUUACACCGGCCUUCUAGCACCGCGGUCUACCUCGACCUAAGGUUUCCCAAACCCGGUCCUAUCAAGCGGCACAAGUCAGCAACACCUACGAAGACACAGACCACAAAUAUACAACAAAGCACGGAUAGGAGUCUAAACAGCCAAAGUGAACCAAACACAGCCAGUAUUUGCGCCAAGUCUGUUCCCGGCACAAGCAGCAGCAGCAGCAGUAGUAGCAAGAAGGGUCCGGUCAUCAGUCCAGGCCUCCCAGCUAGCCCAGCUGCCUAUCGUCAAAGUCGAAGCCAACCCCAGACACAACCACAUGCCAAACUUACCUUGAAGGCACUUACCGAGGUUGAUGAAAGCAAUAAAGAGUUGAGGAGCACCAACAAGCUCUCAGAACCAGCCUACCAUCCACCCAGUCCUCCUCCACCCGAAAUCAUUACAACAUUACCGACACCAGUUGACCAGGCCAAUCCAUCCAACCCUGACCUCUUGACUCGCCGCCUGGGGCCCUCGACGGCACUCACCAUAACGAUUACCAAAGCCCCAAAGCUCAACAUUCAAAAAAUCACAUCUUCCAAGUCCGAGCCAGAUCUGAAGUCAACACCCAAAGGUCUCGAAUCCAGUAACUCCACAACCACCUCUACUUCCCACACAUUUGAUUCCUUCCUCACCCCCUCCGGUACUCUUCAGCCAAAGUCUAGCACAACCAACUCCUCCACCACGACAACCAAUACCACCACCACCAGCAGCAGCAGCCUCCGCAGCCGCAGCGGCAGCCUCUUCACCCGUCUAAAAGACGGUACGACAACAACACUCCAUCACUCCGCUCUAAGUCGUACACUCAGCGCCAGCACCACCAGCACCAACCGCCGCCGUCAAGCAUCAGCCACACACCCGAAAAACAUCGCGCCAUGGGAUCAGGUGCUUUUACCGGCCUCGAUCUCCAAGCCUGUCAAUCUUGAAGUUGGAGUGAAUGAUAUUGCUACCAGGGAACCAACAAAUCUAGCGGCAGACGGCAUCACAAAUUGCGCCCUGAGCUCGGAAACAAAGGCAAUCGACGGUUACCUCCAAGGGAGGUUAGGGGGCCAGGGUCCGAGGACAGCGCCGUUGCCAGCCGAGAUGGAGGUCAUGAUGUCGAGAUUGGAAUCGGUCGGAGUUGGUGUUGGGCUUGGGAUUGGAUUGGCAGUUACGCGUGAUACUGAUGAGGGAAAAUCUGUAUCUGGACAUAAAAGGAGUUGUUCGGCUAACAUGUUACAGGGGAGAAUGGGAAUAGGGCUGAGCGGCUUGAGGAAGAGGGGCGAAUGUAGUUGA